AUGGCAGAGAGAGAAGCAGACAAAAAGCGAACACUCCCUACGACGGGCUCGAAUCCCCGUGGAAUCCCCGCCGCUCCCUUCGUCGACAAUGUUUCCGACUACGUGACUACCAGGGCGGAUGUUGAGCCCACCCUACGGUCAUUCCAGGAGAUGGUGUCGAAAUAUCAGUUUAUGGAGGUCAACACACAGAGACGUGCGCAGGGACUGCAGCAAAAAAUUCCAGACAUAAGGAAAACACUGGAGACAGUCCGGUUUUUAAAGUCCCGGCGAGAGGCUGGUACCAACGAACCUAUUCAAACUACAUUCGACAUGAACGAUACGCUGUAUGCUCAUGCGACUUUAUUACCCGACGACACAGACGAGGUGUUUCUAUGGCUUGGAGCAAAUGUCAUGCUUGCAUAUCCUAUCGAUGAGGCAGAGCAGCUACUGGAAGAGAAGUUACAGGCGGCAGAAUUGAGCUUUAAGAACUGUGAAGAGGAUAUGGAGUUUUUGAGGGAACAGGUUACGACUCUUGAAGUCGCAACGGCCCGUGUGUAUAACUGGGAUGUGGUACAAAGGCGGAGGGAGAAGGCUGAAGGUAAGGAAGAGGAAUCAAAAGGUGAAACGGGACGGAUACGGACAGACGGUUAG